AUGGCGGAGUUCGUGGAGAUGGAGGAGAUCGAUGCCGUGCGGAUGGUGUGGAACGUGUGGCCGCACAGCCGGCUGGAGGCUGCCAAGUGCGUCAUUCCCUUUGGCGUGAUGUACACCCCUGCCAAGGCGACUCGAGGCCUGCAGGCCAUCGAGUACGACCCGGUGCAGUGCCGGGGGUGCGGCGCGGUGCUCAACCCCUAUGCGGCGGUGGACUUUGCCAGCCGGCAGUGGGGCUGCCCCUUCUGCCUGACGCGCAGCCCCUUCCCGCCCCACUACGCUGGCAUCUCCGAGACGGUGCUGCCCGCGGAGCUCUUCCCCAGUGCCACCACCGUGGAGUAUGCCACGGCGCGCCACGCCCCCCCCACGCCGCCCACCUACCUGAUCCUGCUGGACACCUCGGUGCCCGAGGACGAGCUGGCGGCGGCCAAGUCGGCGCUGCAGCAGGCGCUGUCCCUCAUCCCCGACCACGCCCAGGUGGGGCUCAUCACCUUUGGCACCCACGUGCACGUGCACGAGCUGGGCCACGCCGAGUGCCCAAAGGACCUGGCCAAGGACGCGGCGCCGCUGUCCGCGCCCGCGCGCCGCUUCUACGACGGCGUCGCCGCGCAGCUGGUGGCAGCGGGCCACGCGCUGGACGUGUACGCCUGCUCCCUGGACCAGGUGGGCCUGUACGAGAUGAAGGCCGCGGUGGAGCUGACCGGCGGGCUCACCGUGCAGACCGACUCCUUCGCCAACCCCGUGUUCCGCGAGGCCCUGCGCCGCGCCUUUGCGCCGCCGGGCGAGCCGGGGCACCUGGGCCUGGGUUCCAACGCCACCCUGGAGGUGCGCUGCUCCAAGGACAUCAAGGUGUGCGGGCUGCUGGGCCCUGCGGCCGCGGUGCCGGGCGACCGCAAGUCGCCCUGGCUCUCCGACACCCAGGUGGGCCAGGGCGGGGCCACCGCCUGGCGCACCUCCACCCUGGCCGCCGGGACCACGGUCGCCGUGGUGUACGACAUCGUGGCGCCGCACGGCGCCGCGGGCGACGCCGGGUCGCCCCAGCUCUUCCUCCAGUUCAUCACGCGGUACACGCACGAGUGCGGAGCGCCACGCACGCGCGUGACCACCGUCAGCCGCCGCUGGACCGAUGGCGCCAACGUGGGGGAGCUCAUGCAGGGCUUCGACCAGGAGGCCGCCGCCGUGCUGCUGGCGCGCCUGGCAGCCCACAAGAUGGAGGCCGAGGACGACUUCGACGUCACGCGCUGGCUGGACCGGUCCCUCAUCCGCCUAUGCGCGCGCUUCGGCGACUACAGGAAGGACGAGCCGGAUUCAUUCCAGCUGCGCCCGCAGCUGGCCUACUUCCCGCAGUUCGUCUUCAACUUCCGGCGCUCCCAGUUCUGCCAGGUGUUCGGAAACAGCCCCGACGAGACCGCCUUUGCGCGCCUGGCGCUGCAGCGCGAGACCGUGGGCGAGGGCGUGACCAUGCUGCAGCCCCUGCUCUACUCCUACGCCAUGGGCGCCGCGCCGGAGCCAGUGCUGCUGGACGUCUCCUCCAUCGCCCCCGACCGGGUGCUCCUGCUGGACGCCUACUUCUACGUCGUCGUCUUCCACGGCACCACCGUGGCACAGUGGCGCAAGGCGGGGUACGCCGAGCAGCCCGAGUAUGCCGCCUUCAAGGCGCUGCUGGAGGCCCCAGCAGCGGAGGCAGAAGCCAUCAUAGCGCGCCGCUUCCCGGUGCCGCGGCUCACCGUCUGCGACCAGAACGGCUCCCAGGCGCGCUUCCUGCUGGCCAAGCUGAACCCCAGCGCGACCUACCAGUCCAGCGCUGCGCUGUCCAGCGAGGUCAUCAUGACCGACGACGUAUCGCUGUCAGUGUUCACGGAGCACCUGAAGAAGCUGGCGGUGCAGAGCUGA